AUGACGAUGGUUGCGGAUACAAUUGAGCUCACAUCAAUCGAAGGACCCUCGGCACGGAACGAGGAUGUCUCAAAGAUGAUAGCGGAGACCAUGGACGCUUCGGAACCCUUGAAUGAUCCGGUGACACCACAAAAGAGGGUGCAGGUUAUCGCUAUCAUGGUCGCUCUCUGCCUGUCCCUCUUCAUUGCCGCUCUCGAUCAGACAAUCGUCGCUACCUCGUUGCCUACAAUCUCUUCCCAUCUUCAUUCGGCUGAUGGAUACAUAUGGGUGGGAGGAGCCUACCUGCUAGCGAAUGCGGCCGCCGCCCCGAUAUGGGCGAAAUUAUCCGAUAUCUGGGGUCGAAAACCGAUGUUACUGAUUACGGUCCUUUGGUUUCUACUCAGCUCCAUUAUCUGCGCCGCAGCGGCCAAUAUGACUAUGCUUAUUGUCGGUAGAGCCCUUCAAGGCACUGCAGGUGGUGGAUUAAUGCAACUUGUUAUGAUCGUCGUAUCUGAUUUAUUCAGUGUAAGGGAUCGGAGUCUCUACUUAGGGAUUCUAGAAUUUAUGUGGACUAUCUCCGGGGGUCUUGGGCCAGUUUUGGGUGGUGUUUUCUCGGAAUACGUGUCCUGGCGAUGGAAUUUCUGGAUCAACCUGCCGACCUGCGGACUGGCAUUUGUCUUGCUCUUCUUCUUCCUGGAUGUCCACAAUCCUCGCACCAAGGUGGUAGAUGGGAUCAAAGCGAUCGACUGGGCGGGAAGCGUCUCCCUCCUCGGCGUGACGUUGAUGUUACUUCUAGGGCUAAACUUUGCAGGAGAAACAUUCGCCUGGGAUUCACCUCAGGUGAUCUGCCUGAUCGUAUUUGGGUCUUUGUGCCUGGUCAUCUUCUUCUACGCGGAGAAGUACCUUGCCAAAUAUCCACUUCUGCCUCUCCAAAUUCUCAAACACCGAUCAAAUGUUUCCGUCUCUCUGGUCACAUUCUUGCAUGGAUUCGUGUUCAUUGGCUGCGAGUACUAUCUCCCUCUCUAUUUCCAGACAGUCAAGCAAGCAAGUCCGAUGCGGUCUGGACUCCUAGUUCUGCCUCUUGUGGUGGCUGAAGGACUCGUCAGCGGAGCAUCUGGUUGGGUCAUUCACCGGACCGGCCGAUACUUAGAGCAGAUCUGGGUAGGAACCCUCCUACUCACCCUCGGAACUGGGCUUUUCAUCCGGCUCGACUCAGAAUCAACACUAGCUGAGAUUAUCAUGUUCCAAAUCAUCGGUGGGGCAGGAUCGGCGUUGCUCUUCGAGCCACCAUUGAUUGCUUUGCAGUCCCUGAUCAAGCAAGAGGAUACAGCAAGCGGUACGGCCAUGCUGGGCUUUAUACGAACGAUGGCUAUGUCCGUUUCGAUCGUCGUCGGCGGAGUGGUGUUUCAGAACAGCAUGAAGGGCAAGAAAUAUCUUUUGCAGCACGCUGGGCUAAUGGAGAGUCAGGUGGAUCGAUUGACCGGCGCUUCCGCUGCAGCGAGUACGGAAAUCAUCCAAAGCCUUUCUGAUCCGGAGAAAGUCAGAGUAGUGGCCGAUGCCUUCUCCACGAGUUUCCAAAAUCUAUGGAUUAUGUACAGUUGUGUAGCAGGGGUGGCUAUCAUUGUGAGUGCCUUCAUCACCAAACAGCAUUUGAGUGAUGAGCACACCGAGACCAGGACAGGGUUGAAGGAGGAAUAA